AUGAAGAGCUAUGCGCCGAAUGUUAUGCGUACCAGUGGCAGCAGGUAUGCAUCCGUUGCAGAGGCUGCCGCGCAACAAAACCCUCAGGCGGUCGUCGAGAUGCUGUCGCAGGGAUACAAAGCAGAGGAUCAGGACUCUGACGGCAACACAGCUCUCCACUAUGCUGUGUGGUUCAGGCUAGACUCACUCCUCACCCCGUUACUGGAAAGAGGGGCGCGACCUGACAUUCCCAAUAAUUCCGGAGAAUGUGCAGUACAUUGGGCUGCGAACUCUUCCAAUGUCAUAGCUUUGGAUGCGAUGACCAGGGCCAACCGAGCUCUCCUCUCGAUCCGCGACUGUGAUGGCUUCACUGCCUUCCUGCUGUCCGCACAGUCUGACAACAGCCCCGUGAUGGAGUGGCUGUACCUCAAAGGCGUCAGCUUGGAAGAGCAGGAUGACUGCGGCAGAACUGCCCUGCUAUGGGCAUGCCGCAAGGGGAACAAGAAGACAGUCCAGUGGUUGCUCUCGCGAUCUGCGAGCAUUGCUCACCGAGACCGAGAAGGCAUGACUGCACUUCACCAGGCGGCCCUGCAAGGACACACGCUUGUCGCAGAAAUGCUCAUGGAAGUCGGGGCGGUGCACCUCUUAGACGUCCCAGAUAGCUCUGGCGAGACCCCGAUUCAACUCGCAAUGCGGAAGGGGAAGAGGCACUUGGUGCUUGACUUCCACAAGUGCCAGGUCUUCAACUUUCUGUUUGGCCGGCCCUACCUCUUCCAGACGAACUACGCAGGUCUCUUCCUCUGCUUCGUUGUCUAUAACAUCAUCGUUUUUGCUUUUGUCGUAGCACCGGGAAUUGCGGCUAGAAACCCUGAAGCCGUCAUGAUUUGGUCGAUGCUUAUGGGUUUGUCACUGCUGCUCUGGGUGCGAUGCCUCUUUUCGGAUCCCGGCUGGCUUCAGCCGCGCACCAUACAGUCCCAGACUCACCUGCUGGGCAAAGAUCCAGCAAGGACUUUUGAUGUGGAUCAGCCGAUCGAGUCGCAGAUGGCUCACUGCGACAGCCUUCUUCAGCAGCUGACCUGCACGUGCGACGGCGAGGUCCCGCAGCUCACGAAGCUGGAGCUAGAGCAGAACAAGUACAACUAUCAGCGGCACCUCCUCCAAGAAGCACGGAAACGAUUAAAGGAAGGCUGUGGCCUAAGCGAUCCUCGAAGCCCAGCCUUGGGCGAAUCGCAGCCCUUGAUCGCCUCAAGCUUCAAUGAUGGCGGCUCCCGGCAGGCCCAGUUGGACCGAGCAACUGUGGCCCUGCACGAGCGUGAACGUGCUGCAGUAGAGAAUCUGGGCCGCGCAAGAGUGGAACACUUGCUUUCACAAGGAUCUGGUGAGUAUCUGACCUUGGUGGAUAAGGGCGACUUCAAGAAGGUGUGCAUCAUCUGCCGCGCGGUGCGCACAUUUCGCUCCCACCACUGCAAAGAGCAAGGUCGAUGCGUCGAGCGAAUGGACCAUCACUGUCCUUGGAUAGACAACAGCGUUGGUUUGGGCAAUCAAAGAUCAUUCUUCUUGUUCAUCACCGUGCUUCUUUUCGCCCUCCUCUACUUCUACUACACAGUCUUUCUUUAUGCAUUCGACACGGUUUUUCCAGAGAUCUCUCGAGGCUCCUUCGCUGAGCUUUUGCAACGCCUGACAAGUGGAUCCUUUGGGGCAGAGUUGCAAGCACUUCUGGUUCUGGUUACGGCUGUUUUUGACGCAGUUUGGGUUUGCUUCGUCGGAAUGCUGGUGGUCAGAACCACUGCCAACAUGAUGGUGAACCUAACUGCCUACGAAGUUUUGGUCAGACCCAGCCAUGUGCUGCGACGCUUUCCCAAAACUCGAGGAGAGUAUUGGUACCUCCAGGAUUUCGGAAUCAGAUCUGCUUUGUACAACUCGAUUCGCUUCUGGACAUUAGACGGCAGUGGUGAUGCGGCGGCUUUCCGUAGAAGUCAAGAGGUGCAUGGCAAGCCUUCUCACUUCAUGGAAGAGCCUUGA